AUGGCGGGAGGCAACCGGCGCGGGGCCCCGAGCGCAUCCCGGCCACCGCCAACCUCGUCGUCCUCGUCAUCCAGCAAGCCGGCCACCGAGUCGCCCUCGGGGCUCGUCUUCCUCCACCACGGCUCGUCGUCGGCUGGACCAGGUGGACACAAGUCGGCGCUGACAACUGCUGCUCGUGCCCAUGCCUCGCGCAGGGGCCACUCCAAGAGCAGCGCCGCGGCCAAGCGCUCAUUCCGGUUCGUCUCUGUCCAGGGAGAUGGCUCCAAUGUGACCGUCCCAGCGCCCGGCGGCGAUGUUGCCACCGCUGGCGGCCCCUACAGUGGUGAUGGCACUGGUUACAGCGACUACGGAGCCUCAUCACGGCAAGGGUCCUUUGACUCGGCGAUAUCUGGCGCGUCGUCGUCGACGAUGCCGUUCGAGGCGGCGUUGAUCACGACACAUCAUCACUAUCAACAAGAGCAUCAGCAACAUUACAUCGGACAGGAUCACCACAGCCAACAACAGCAGAGCCACCAAAACUACAUCUUCAUCGACUCGUCACGCGCCAUUGUCGCCACAGCGGGCGAUAUCAACCCCCCUCGGAGUCUCUCCGCAGACUCCUGGGACCCCUUCGACUCAUUGGCUGUGCACAACCUGUCACACUCGGAGCAGUUCAUGCUGCACUAUGCUCUGACGACAACAUGGGCCAAGUUUGGCGAGUCCCAGACAGGCCAGCAGGAACUGGCCCAAAGCUGGAUCUGGGCGACGAUCGAGUCGCCCGCGGCGCUGUUUGCCCAGAUCGCCGGCGCGGCCGCGCACUACCUCACAGUUCCGUAUGCCGACGGCUCGACACAACGCAAGGCCUUCACGACGAGCCUGCAGGCCAAGCACAAGGCUCUCAAGGCACUGCAGUACGAGCUUGACCGCUUCCACCGCCAGCAGGAGCAGCUCGAGGGACAGCGGCAUGACCAGCAGCACCAGAUGCUGAUCGAGGACGGGCAUCAUCAUGGCAGUGCCGCGGCAGCAAGCAUGAGCCGCCAGUCUUCCCACCCGUUCUCGCACGAUCAACCACAACACCAUCCGCAAGCCCACGACCACAUCUCGCCACCAGACCAACAACAACCACCACCCCCAGCUGCAGCAGCAGCCCUCUCGCCAGCAUCGACCUUAUCGUCUGCGGCCGCUGACUCGCCAGCCUCGACCGCCUCACCGUCGUUCAUCUCGCCCUCGACAGCCGUGCAGCCGGCCUCGGCCUCGGCCGCCGCCGCCGCGGGCGCCACGGACAGCAUGGUGCUCGCGAUCCUGGUGCUCGCCGUGCACGACUCGAUCGACCUGACGCCCGUCCCGGAGCCGCACCCCCCGGCCCCGCUGGCCAUGUACCGCGACAUGCACAUCUAUGGGCAGAUGCGGAUGCGGGACGAGCACAUGACGGCCAUGUACAAGCUGGUCGAGGCCAAGGGGGGCUUGCCGAGGAUGAACCAGACCGUGUUUGGAUAUGUGCUGCCGCCUGCCGACAUGCUCUACAACCUCCGCCUCGGCAGACCCCCACGCGUCCCCUGCCACCGCCACCUCCUGCCCAUGCGGGACACGCCAGACUGGCAGCCCGACCCGCGCGCCCGCUUCCUGCUCGACACGACCUCCGGCGCGGGCUUCCCGGCGGUCCGGUGCCCGCACCGGGUCCUGGAGACGGCGAGCGCGCCGACGACGCCCGGGAUGUUUGCCCCCUCGUACUCGCCCACCGCGACGGUCGUGCGGACCGUGAUGGUGGGGCUCGAGGACGAGGUGCUGGGCCUGCUGGGCGUGAUGGCCGAGCUGACUGUCGCUUUUGACCAUUUCGUGCGCGAGGGAGGAGUAGCGGGAGUAGGAGGAGGAGGAGGCGGGGGCGGCGCACCCCGGAGCCUGGACUUCUUUGUGAACAAUGCGGAUCUGGUGGCGCACCGGAUGAUGUGUCUGGGCUCUCUGCUUGAUGAGGAGCAGCUGGGUGACGAAAGGACGUCUUCAGGUCAGGGGCCAACAACGACUACAGCAGCCGAUAGCAGCCGCAGUCGUCUGGGGAGGAUGCAUACCCCGAUGCAUGACGACGAGAAGAAGAAGCAAGACGAUACCCACUUCGCCUCGGGAGAUCAGGGCAGCAGCAGGAAGAGGAUACUGCCGCGCCACGUGGUCCUCCGCGAGUUGUCACGCCGCGCGGCCAUGAUUUACCAGGACAUGGUCAUCUUCCCGACGCCCGCGCGCACCGGGGUCAAGCUGCGGCACGCAGGCCUCAUGCUCCCGUUGCUCAAAGCCCUGCGGCGGUCUUCUGGUGGUGGAGCGAAUGCCACCUCAAGUCAGGGAGGUCAUCAUCACCUCCAUCAGGCGUCUGCGGUCGCGGGUGGCGGCCACGGUGGUAUCGGUCGAGCAGGCCAGGUCAGAGGAUUCGACUACCUGCUCGGCGAGGACCUGGGAAGGCUGCAUCUCCAGCAUCCGCACCAGCAGCAGCAAUACGGCAACGGUGCUGGCGGGGACUGUCCGUGGACCGACGAGCAGCUCGAGGUGGAAGUCGUCUUUGACGAUGUUGAAUACAACACAGACGUCGUCUACGACAGCUACGACCACAUGCCGCGGCUGGUCCAGCUCUCGCCCUCGCCUACCCCGUCGCCGUCGCAGGGCUACACGGUGCUGCCGGGUCAUGAACAGAAGCAACCACGGUCGGCCGCUCACACUGGAACGAGAGGACACACCGCAACAACGACGACCCCAGAGAUCCCCGGCGAAGACGACUUCCUCUCCUGGGCGAUCGUCCUCGGCGCCAUCGCGACGAGGUUCACGACCCUGCACGACGCGUACGUGGAGCUGCUCGCCGAGGACAUGCAGCACCACGAGCACAAGCGGCAUCAGAUGCCAAAUCACAGCCAGUACCCCGUACACAGCGACGGGAACUGGCACGGGGAUGGAAACGGAAACGGGCAUCGUGCCGAGGACGGCGGGAUGGCGUCGUCCUGGCUGGACUGCAAGGCGCGCAUGAUGCGCUUCCUGUGGCUGGACGCCGUGUGCGAUGAGCCGGGGCAGGUGGUGUGGGAGGAGGCGCUUUCCUGGCGGAGGUGGAAGAACGGGAUGAGCGGGCAUGGGGCCGGGUGA